AUGGAAACCCAAACGUAUACUGAUAAACCAAAUGAUCCUUCUCCCUCUCAAAUCGAUCAGGUUCCGUCUCUAGUGCCCGAUUCUUUAUCUGGGUCAUCAUCUUUUUCUCCAAUGGUGGCUGUUAAUGAUUCCCUUGAUCUUGCCACCAUGUUAGAAAGCUUCCUCGAAGAUGAAACGGCGGUGAAUCCUGAAGGUCUGAACGUGCUUCCGUUAACGUAUCAACAACCCCCUUCGUCUUCUUCUGAUGAAUACGAAUUGUCUCAGAUCCUAGCUUUACUCCCUUAUGAUUCUAAGCAACCCCAUGAUCCUUGGGUUCCUUCUAAUGAAGGUUUUAGAAUUGCAAAUGAACCAACUGGAGUGGGUGCAGGGCUGGAAAAUUUGGGUAACACAUGCUUUAUCAAUGCCGUGUUACAAUGUUUUACUCAUACUGUUCCUUUUGUUUUGGGUCUUCGGUCUUUAAAUCAUCAUGAGAAGCCUUGUCAACGGAAUAUUAAUAGCUUUUGUUUACUUUGUGCUGUUCAUGAUCACAUUGAGCUUUCAUUGAAUUCAUCUGGAGGAGUUGUUUCACCAUCUAAAAUUUUUGACAAUUUGAGCUAUAUCUCACCUAGUUUUGAGAGAUAUCAACAAGAGGAUGCUCACGAGUUCCUUCAGUGCUUGUUAAAUAGGCUGGAAGAAUGUUGCUUGGACUUAAAGCUAAAGGAUGAUUGUUCGUCUUCUCCGGCUAUUUGUUUAGUUAAGAAGGUUUUUGGUGGUCGACUUGUUAGCAAACUAUGCUGUUGCAAUUGUGGUCACAUUUCUUACAGUUACGAGCCCUUGAUUGAUUUGAGUUUGGAGAUCGAAGAUGUUGACACCCUUCCGAGUGCUUUAGAGUCUUUCACCAAGGUGGAAAAGAUAGAUGAUCUGGUUGCAAAGUUCAGGUGUGAGAAUUGUGAAGACAAGGUGUCGGUUGAAAAACAACUUAUGCUAGACCAGGCUCCUUCUGUUGCAGCAUUCCACUUGAAGAGAUUUAAGACUAAAGCAACCUACGUCAAGAAGAUCGACAAGCACAUUGUUUUCCCGUUAGAGUUGGAUUUGCAGCCUUACACUAGUGUCAAUCAGACAAGUAAUAAUGAGGAACUGAAGUAUCAGUUAUAUGCAGUUGUGAAGCACUCUGGAUACAACCCUACUUCUGGACAUUACGUUUGUUACAUUCGGUCCUCUCCAGAUACGUGGCAUAAUUUGAAUGAUUCAAUCGUUACUAGUGUUGAGGAAGGAGAAGUGCUUUCUCAAGAAGCCUACAUUUUGUUCUAUGUUAGGGAGGGUAUACCUUGGUUAUCAACUGCAAUAGAAGUACAAAAGCCUUGUACGGACCUUGGUACUUCUGAUCCUUCACCAAAAUCUGUUCUUGAUAAUAUUGUAUGCGUCUCCGAUCUCCAACCGGUAAAUAAUACCGAUACCAAUGGCUAUGAAUCUAAAGUUGUUGCUGAUGAAACUUCAAUUCAGUUCUCUUGUGAAACACAAUUGAUGCUUGAGCUUGAUGAACCAUGUGUUGUUACCAAGGGGAUUUCCGGACCCCGUAGUGAAUCCAAGCCAAAGUCUAUUGAUUUGAGCGAUGAUAGUCCGAUGAGUAUAUCUACUGCAUCCAAUCUCGGGGAAAACAACAGCAAUCAGAGUACUUUCCCUCGAAUGCCAUUCAGAUCUCAAUUACCAGGUAAGUGUCAAAGGGACUCUUCAGGUAAAAGAAUGGGAUUCAUAUUAAGUUUUUGUUACGUAAUACGCUUUUUCCUAGGAUAACACGAGCGAUGAGAUGGUUUACUCUUUCAGUACACACUCAACGUUUCCGUUCGAAAGAGAAGAAGUGUGCCAUUAAUCGAAGAAGAGCAGUCAAUAGGCCUAGGGUGCUUCAUAGAAGAAGUGAAGCAAUGAGACAUGUUAAAAGAAUGUUGAGUCAACGAGGUAUGAAAUCCAUGGCUCUGUUGGCUUUACAACCUGUUGGUAAAAUGAAGAGAAGAAGAUGAUCAUCUACUCAGAAAAGGGUCACCCUUUGUCAGUAUGCAUGGCCAUAAUCAAUCUCAAAGGUAAAAACAUGGAGUAUAUGAAGUCCAUUAUAUCUUUUAUGCUCAUUUUGGUUGUAUGAUAUGGCAUAAAGGGUUCCAUUUUUUUAGGAGACAAUGAUGGCUAAAGGGGUUGAUCUUUUUUUUUUUUUUUUAGUAAGGGAAAAAUGUAAAGUUUGGGAUUUUGUUUUGAGGAAGUAAAUAUUUCAAGACUUUUAUAUGGUAUAAA